AAAACAAAUGUCUAAUCGAACAGUUAUAUUUGUAUUUGAUUUUAUUAAUUUUGCAAUAGGUGCCGUUGUUUCUUAUAGAAAUUGAAAUAAAUUUAAUAUGCAUUAUAAAGUUUGCCAAAUAUGUGGUUUAAGAAGUGGAAAAAGUAAUAACAAGAAAAGGCUAUUCAUGGCGAAAUUUCCCUUAGAUGAUGAAAGAUGCAAGCAAUGGGUUAAAUUAGUUGGAAAAGAAGACCUGGCACAUGUACCAAUUGAAAAACUUCACACCCUUAAGUUUAUUUGUGGCAAACAUUUUAAGUCCAAAGAUUUUAAAAGAAAGAAAACCCAAUUAAAACGAACCGCAAUUCCAUCCGUUGACUUAAGGCUUCCACAAUUAUCUGAUGAUGUUUUAAUUGAAUUUCCGCUACAUAUAGCAAAAGAAAAUAUUCCUCUCAAGUCUCAUUUUAAUUCAUCUACAAACAUUACUUUGGAACACAAUUACUGUAAAUUAUAUGCAGUAGAUUUCACUUAUAACAAAGAUGAAAGGAGCGAUGUAAUUUCGUCGCUAUAUCGGGAAGUUGCUAUAUCCACAGGAAACAUGGAGGUGUUUAAUAAGUUUUAUUCUUCAGUUAGUAACACUGUAUCUCAGUUAUCCGGUGUGUUGCCUGGAAAUCCAGUAACAAGAGAGUUUGAAGCGACACAAUUCAUUGCUAGUGCAGGUCCAGGUCUCCUUUGGAAAGUCUAUAAGGGUUACAAAAAAUCAACAAAACAAGAGGCUUCGAUAUUUGUUUUUGAAAAGAAACAUCUCGAGCGUUGGACAAAAGCUGACAGAGAUGUUAUGAUCGACAUUUUAAGGCGUGGUGUUGUGCAGCUUACAAAGCUUCGCCACCCGCAAAUUCUUACAGUGCAGCAUAGCUUGGAAGAAAGCAGAGAAAGUCUUGCAUUUGCUACAGAACCUGUAUUUGCGAGCUUGGCUAAUAUUUUAGGAAAUACAGAAAACAUGUCGCAGCCUAUUCCUAACAAUUUAGUUAAUUACAAAUUGUAUGAAGUUGAAAUUAAGUAUGGUUUAAUGCAAAUUGCUGAGGGUCUUGCAUUUCUACACAAUGAUGUUAAACUGCUUCAUCACAAUAUUUGUCCAGAAUCAAUCAUAGUAAACCAGCAAGGUGCUUGGAAGAUAUUUGGUUUUGAUUUUUGCAUUGCAAAUCAGAGUUCCCCAGGUGCUGCCCCUUUCUGGCCAUUUACGGAAUACUGUCAGGCUGUGCAUCCAUUGACUCAGCCUGCACUGGAUUAUCUUGCACCAGAGUAUAUUUUGUCAGCCACUCAUUCACCGGCAAGUGAUAUUUACUCUCUUGGUAUGAUGAUCUAUGCUUUGCACAGCACAGGCCAUCAAACAUUGGGUAAUGUAGGAAAUGAUUACACAAAAUUUAAAAGAUUUGUCAAUGAAAUUAGGAAUCUGUCCCAAUCUCGUUUCCUUUGUGUAACUGAAGGUUUAAGGGAAUAUGUGAAGCUCAUGUUAAACACAACUCCUGAGUUGCGACCUGACCCACAUCAAUUCCUCAAGAUUCCUUAUUUUGAAGAUGUUGGUGUCAAGACUUUAAACUAUUUGGACUCGUUAUUCCAAUGGGACAAUUUACAAAAGUCUCAAUUUUAUAAAGGCCUGCCACAAGUGAUACAGAAAAUGCCGCACCGUAUUUGUAUAUAUAGAAUUUUACCAUGUCUCACCAAGGAAUUUGUUAACCCGCCUAUGGUGCCAUUUGUACUUCCAAAUGUGCUUCUAAUCGCAGAAAACUCAACUAAAGAAGAAUAUGUUAAAUACAUUCUUCCAGUAUUAAAACCAGUUAUGCUGAUUCAAGAUCCAAUACAAAUACUCCUAAUAUUUAUGCAGAAGAUGGAACUUCUCUUGAAGUUGACACCAGGGGAAGAAAUCAAGACUGACAUAUUGCCAAUGUUGUACCGAGCUCUGGAAUCCGAUGCUCAACAGAUUCAGGAACUUUGCCUGUCUGUUUUGCCAACAUUUGCAUCCCUUAUAGAUUAUCCGGCAAUGAAAAAUGCUUUAUUGCCUCGGAUAAAAAAGUUAUGCUUGGGUACAAACUAUAUUUCCGUGCGUGUUAAUUGUUUACUUUGUUUGGGCAAACUGUUAGAACAUUUAGACAAAUGGUUGGUGUUGGAUGAGAUUAUACCUUUCCUACCUCAGAUACCAUCAAGAGAGCCUGCUGUUUUAAUGGGAAUUUUAGGCAUAUACAAGCUAGCUCUUAGCCACAACAAGCUUGGUAUAACAAAAGAAGUAAUGGCCACAAAAGUUCUGCCAUUCCUGAUCCCUCUUUGUGUGGAGAAUGGGCUGACCUUGAACCAGUUCAAUGCAUUAAUAACACUCGUAAAGCAGAUGAUCUCUAAAGUGGAGGCUGAGCAUAGAGCCAAGUUGGAACAACUUAAUUCUAUACAGAAUGAGUCCAAAGUAAUGGAGCAAGCGUUAACAUCUACAUCAGACAACUUAAUUCCUGCACCGACUCCACAGACAGACAUUGACAAAAUGUUCUCAGGAUUGGGUUUGGAUACUUUUGCUUUCAAUAACAGUAAACAGCCGGAAAAACCGCAGCCAGUUAUACCUAGUGUUGGAGUUACUACAGGGUCUUUAAGCAUUGAAGAAAAACAAAGGUUAGCGACGCAGCAAGAUACCGUUCGAAAAUUUUCUCGUCAACCGCCGCCAGCAGCAGCUAUACCAGCCCCUCAAAUGAAACCCCCAAAACCUGUAGAUCUAACAAGCUCAUUACUGCAAACAAAUCUUAACCAAUUAACACAAAAACCGUUUUCAACAAUGACCAAUCCCCAACCCUCACUUACUCAUAACAACUUAGCUAUGAACCAAUCAAGUCCUAACUACAGUUCAACAAGUUUGAUGCUGAAUUCCACACCGUUGAACUUGGGAUAUAGCCAUAAUCCUACAGGAUUUAAUAGCCAGCCUGCCCUUCCAGCGAGUACGGGAUGGGCAGCACCGACAAAUGCGAACUUCAAUAAUAAAUGGGCAAACGACCAGAACAACCAGACGAGCAUGAAGCAAGACUGGUCCGCUUUUGAAUCUCUCCUGCCUACUCAAAAUCAAAAUAAUAACAAUAGUAAUAGUGUUAAAAAGGAAGACAGCAGUGAAAUGAUGGACUUGUUAAGUUAGGCUCUUUCGCCUUGCAAGUAAUCGACCGGAACCACUGGUCGAAUUCAGGUACCAGGUGUAAGGUAUAAUUUAGGGCAAGCAGUACUUACCAGAAUAUUCACAGGAGAAUAAAACUUACUUGAUAACCUAAUAAAUCAGUAACAAUGGGUGAACCAUAUAACUUGUGAAUCUGGAGACGAAAAAUUUUUUCGAGCGUAUUACUCCCACUUUUAUGGAGUGAUGAGAUGACAAAAUAUGGGAAAAGUUGAAGACCACAGCCUAUUAGUAGUCUUUGGGGGAGCAGGUGAUGUUUAUAAAAUGUGCUGAUUAAAAUAUACACAAACUCUUGGGUUCUCGUCCUCAAGUUAUGGAAAUUCUCGACAGAGAAGGCAAAUUAUCUGAAAUUAUCAAACGUAGUAAUAACAAGCUUGCUAUACACAUAUCAGAUACAUUUUAUAGAAGUGGUGGACAAACGAGCAUGCGCCUCACCCUGACGGUAAUUGUCGAUUACCGCCCAUAAAUAACUGCAACACCAGGGAAUUGUAGGUGCGUUGCCUGUAGAGCAUGCAUUGCCGCAGUAUAUUUUCAAUACCGCAGUGUUGGAACUGGUAAUAUCGCAAAAUUUGCGAAAUUGAAAAAAAUGUAAAAUCCAAUGUUCUCAUCAUUUAAAGAACUUCUAAUUUUAUUACAUAUGUAUCCAGCAGCGGAAAAUGCUCUCAGCUACUACGCUCGUUGGUGGAAUGCUUAGCAGAUAGUUAUACACAGUCUCCAGAUAUUUACCUAUUGUUCCUCCGGUUUUAUACCGUUCGUUUUCAAUACCGCGAAAUUCGCAUCUAUAAUCUCGCUUUUACGGUACUGAAAUACAGUGCGAAAUCCGCGAAUAUGCGGUAACGAUAUAACGGUAUUGCAUGCUCUAGUUGCCUGCUUUUAAAAAGGCUCGUUUCUUGAAGGUCCCUAAGUCAUAUCGGACCGGAAAAUCGCCUGUGGUAAGCACAAAAUAGUCGUUUGAAGUAGAAAACUGCUAGAAAAUGGCACCGUGGUGGACCGCCAAGCAUCCAGAUGAUAUGGAUGGUACGGGAAUUUUGUUGCGAUGUAUGUGGAAUAUGGCGGGUAGAAUUAAUCCGAACAAUUCUUCUAACCCCUUCCCGUUGUAAAUGCGACAGAAAAUGCGAAAGGGAUGCGACAUCUCUUGAAUCGAGCCGAUCAGUAAGAACUCUGUCGUUGACGAUUUGAGCCGCUCUUCGCUGGAUGCGAUAAAGUGGAAGAAUCUGGUAUUGUGUUUCCCUGGCCCAAAUAUGAGAACAGUAUUCCAUAUAUAUACCUCUCUUCAACAUUAAUCUCUAGUCCACAUACAACUGGGGAAAAAGGAAUCAACUAUCGAUUUUGUCGAUCGACAAACUAGGAAAAAACUCACUUAUCAAAGGCGAAAUAGCGCUAAGUGAACCUGAACGUGCCGAUCCUGCAAUUAUUUAUUUCAACAGAACUCAUAUAAUGGCCAGAACUUCGCUUUUCCUGAAGGUUCUAGUAUAAAUGUGAUGCAAUUUUAACAUUUUAUUUAGAUUUUCGAAAUAUCUUUAUAUUUAGUUGCGUCUGGUCGAUUUUGUUAUUCAACAAAUCGAAUGUGCCUAUUCAAAUAUGUGUAUAGCGCGCUACACGCACCUAGAUCUAGACAUGUAUAUAAAUAUGUGUUGCACUAAGCUGUUUUGGCUGGUAUUCGAACCAGACAUCAAACAACAUAAAAUUUCUCGAGAGUGGGUUUUGCCGUUUUCAUAGCGCCUGUAGGUUACACUAAAGAAAAUAUUGAAAAGGUUAUUCUUACUUUCACAUUCCUAUUACAUGGUAUGACAAUUGUGAGGGUAUUUUUAUAUUAAAAUAUCGUUUUGUGUAACAAAACUUAUUUAUUCGAAUACAUUGUAAAUAUACAUAAUAUAUCAUAAUGUACAACUAACUAUAAAUUAUUUAUUUGGUUAAAAUUAUGACUUAAAAUUAAUGUAAUAAUAAUAAUUAUUGCAUAAAAUUGAAAAAAAUAUCCUAAUUGGCGGUUGACUCGCAAAUAAUAUAAAAUAAAAUACAAAUAAUUCAUAGCCAAUAGCCAUAGAUAAUAAUAAACAUUUAUCAUAUAAAUAUGUAUAUUUUCCUGUAGGUUUACUCAUCAGUAUUUUUACUUCUUUUGGCGCUGUUUCACUUGUGAAAAUAAAUAUUUAUCCGUUGUUAUAUUAUGUAUUAAAAUGGGAUAUUUGACUUCGCAUUAUUAUUAUGUUUAUAAUAAGUUAUAAAAUAAUUUCUCUAUUAUUAAUAAAAUUGAUUAUGUAUUAGUAGUUCACAACCCUGUGUAUAAGCAAUAGUUUUAUUUAAUAAUUGAAAAUGUAAUGAUCUCUUAUACAUAAAAUUU